GAAAGCCCGAGACACGCGCCUGAGAGAGGAGCUUAUUUGCAUAAGCAGAUCGGAGGCGAGAAUUUCCUCAUAUACCAGAAAAAAAUAUUGGGCUGAUAUCAAGAGGAAAACAGAUCAAAGAACUCGUAAAUGCCAUUCAUUUGAAGACUGUUCAGGUGAAAAGUUGGAAAUGGAGGAACCUUUUAUUUGAAUUCGGAUAUCACCAUCAAUUGCUUAACAAAUACCAACGCCAUGUUUUCUAUAAAGAUCUCGUCACCGACCUGUGAAGAACUCGGAAUUCCGCGAGAUUAUGACGAACAACCAUGUGUUCCAAUAUUUCCUUCGUCUGCAAGGGAAAUAAAAAACCCUGCCUUACACUUUGACGGAUUGAGGUAUGAAGCCUCCCUCAAGGGCGUGAUCCAAAAACGAGACCCAUUUUCUCCCUUGUGUAUAAUUCCCCUGCCUUCUGUCCUGGCGGAGCAGGGUGAACCAAGUUGUAUCGGGAAAAGAAAUGAGCGCGAAAGAGAUCGCGUACGGUGCGUGAACGACGGCUACACAAGAUUAAGAGAGCACUUGCCACUGGAACGCAAAGACAAACGCAUCAGUAAAGUGGACACGUUACGGAAGGCCAUAGACUAUAUUAAACACCUUGAGGACAUUCUCGCCCAAGAUGACACUGAGCAGGACCACUUCACAUUACAUCAGUUCGCGGAAAGAGAUUCGCGGUCGAACAGUCCGUCAUCCAAAUCACGAUUUAGCGAAGAAAUAUGUGACAGUUUCUCCGACACGGAUAGUAAUUUCACAGACGUUUCUGAUUCCUCCCACCGGAAACGGUCUCUAGAAGUGAGUGACGUUGUUACAGACAGACAUAUACAAUGUUCUGAGAAACGGAAGUGCGUUCAUAACGCGUGAAUGUUGUAGUCAAUCGCUUAUCAAUCAUUUUCAAUAUAAAUGACAAUGUGUCGAUGUCCCGUUUGUGGUUGUGCUGUGUAUAUACGCUGUAGCUUGUGUUCACUAGACUAGUUAUAUGUUAAGUGCAUCCAAGGUUUCACGCAGUUGAAUCAAUGCUACAUAAUAAAAUUCACAAGACGGACAGAUGAGAACAAAACAAAAGAUAAGUCGUAUCUACAUCGGCGGGGAGGGCGGUUGUCUCUACUUAAGGUGUUAUUUGAUUUGCUCUGUGUAUGGGACAUAUAUUCUUUAGUACCAUGUGCUGUAAAUGUCCUAAUGUAAAUCUACCAAGAGAACAUAUAGUGCUGUUAAGUAAUAGAGAUUAAAAGUGCAAUGAAUACAUGUUCACACGUGGACCAUUCUCCAGCUCAGUUGCCAUUGCCAAAUGAAAUCGGAAAGACAUAACACAGAUAUGAUAAUUCGAUUUGUAUCGAUACGUCUCUCUAUGCUUCCCGACAUUAGGAAUAUUUUGAACACCAGUAACCAGGGACACUGGUGGUGUGCCCAAGUUGUACGGUUAUAACAUUAUCCCGUGGUUAACGUGUAGGCUGUGGAAUCCAUGGAUACAGGAUAUUGUAUCCUUGUUUACAUCAACUUUUCAUAUUGUAUGUUUGUCGUACGAAAAUAAAGAGAAA